AUGGCUCAACUAGUCGAUUUCCACCAUCGGGGCCUUCCAGUUACCCCUCUCAUCCUCCUUCCUAGUGGAUGGGUUUACAAUUUAGAGUGGCAGACUCUGUGUCCCACGGAGGAGACGCUGUUCGAUCUCCUUGACAAUCAGUGUUUCAGUGCCGCUCUCCAUUUCGCCAUCAACCAUCCCUCCCCACCGCUCAGUGACUCACUUCGACGGCCUCGCGCUGUCUCGUGGUUCAACUUAGAGGUCAAUCCGGCUCUCAAAAACGAUGUUGUUGCUGUAGUCAUUCCCAUAGUUGGUUGGAAACGAACUGACAUUCUGCAACUUCUAGAAACCUGUGAUAAAAACGCCAACAUGGAGAGCGAUUGGGAUAAUCCAUGCUAUGUGGAAAUACACCAAUGUAUUCAAGGCUGGAGGCUAACGCAAUUGCUAAAUCUUCGUGUUGUUGUGGCCCUUCCAUGGCCCGACUUAAUACCUCAUUUCGGCAAGCAAAAUCCACCCAAAAUUGAAAGUGCCUUUAUGGAUUUAAGAAGCUUUGCUAAAAGAGGAAUCCCUGUAACUGUCCUGCCAAAUAUGUUUGAAGAGGCAACGAGAGAAUUGCUGCUAACUCUGCUAAUCCUGACACUAAAAGGCUACGGCCGAGCAAAGUCAACGUCAGCCCCUGUUCUUCAGCUUCCCAGACGUCCAGCAAAUAUGUCACAAUCAUUGACUCAAAACCGAAAUGCUUUUUCUCCACCCGCUGCACUAUCUACGACAGCUCCACCAACGAGUCUCACCCUCGCAACCCAUCCUACGGAGCGUUAUGGUUUCCGACCUUCCAAUUGGAUAUGCCUAUCAGGGCCUUAUGGAAGUCCUCAGUUGUGCCAGAAAUCGCUCCGGGAGGUUGUUGUAGGAUUUCUGGGUCUGAUAACGGACUCUGCGAGAGAGAUGGCAUUUCUACUUAAAAACGGAUUUGGCAUGAGGGUGAUGUACCAUCAGAGACAUCCGCUAUCGGGCAUCACUGGAAUCGAUUUUGAGCCUAAAAUGCCAACCUUCCUACAAAACAGUGACGUCGUAAUCAUCAUGGACGACUGCAGCGAUCGCCGAGCCUCUCUCUCCAAAGCCCUUAGGUCACGGUCCCCUAUUCGUCAAAAAUCCACCAAACGCUCCAGAUUCAUUCUUCAAGAGGAGGACUUCCGUUACUUCAAACCCACAGGCAUCUUCAUUUCAACCUCUCCUGUUGAAAAUUUUAGUUUCGCCGCUCUUGCUAUGGCUCUGCGUAAUCAGACCCUUUCUGGUGCUGCUUUUACCAUUCCUAUGGAUGGAAGUCUAUCCUCAGACGAGCUGCAACCCCUCCAUCAUAUGAAGAACGUUUUAGCCGUACCGCCACCAUCGACAGCGGGUUUCGGACCCAAAUUAUUGCGUCGUCAACUAGCAGGUCUCGUUCUGCAAACCAUUUCAGAAGGUCUUGGUCUGCCAUUUCUCGGAUCCAUUGAACUUGCACCUCCAAGUGAUUUGGAAAGGAAUUUCAGCCAUUCAGCUUCAAAAAAACCAAAGAGUAAAGGAUUUUCAAGUCUAACAGCUAAAUUUUGGAGCGUUUUCCGCAGUGGACAAAGUGAAAGAGAGCGUAGACAGAAAAGGAAUCAAUCUGUGUCCGAAAAAAGGACAGAUAUGAAGGAGUUGAAUUUUGCCAAUUCCAUAAAGGAGAGAUGUGAGGCCAUGGCAACACAGUCGGGCAGCCCUGAACACUAUCAUCGAACCAAUAAGAAGCGUCGGCAAAAUGACAAGCCUGGACAAGCCAUUAAGGGUGGCGAUGGCAGCGGCAGCGGCAGCGGCGGCAGUAAUGGUGUUUCGGUGACAGUUUUGACAUUCGACGGAGGGGAGAGUAAGACAGAGAAGAGAAAGUGGUAG